UUCGUCGCGGCGUCACGCCAACUCCUAGAUGGAUGUUGCUGAACCGCGUUCUCGUGUCAGCGAUUUGCAUCGUCGCGCGAUUCCUCGCGGUCUGUCCAGCCUUCGUGGAAGGACGGCAAUCGAGGAAUCUGGAGAUAUUGGGGCAAAUAUCGGGUCACCAUCACGGAACGCAGUAUGCAUCGAUGUCGGAGAAUUACAAGAACAACUCAGACCUGCCCAGAUUCGCUGAAGAAAUCCAGAACGUGACCGUGAGCAAAGGUCGAGAUGCUUUGUUAGCCUGUAUAGUGGACAAUCUACGAAACUUUAAAGUGGCAUGGGUGCGCGUCGAUACGCAGACUAUCUUAUCCAUCCACCAUAAUGUCAUCACGCAAAAUCCACGGAUCUCGUUGUCCUAUAACGAUCACCGUACAUGGUAUCUUCAUAUAAAAAAAGUUGAAGAAGUGGAUCGUGGAUGGUACAUGUGUCAGGUGAACACAGACCCGAUGAGAAGUCGACAGGGUUAUUUGCAGGUUGUAGUUCCACCUUUCAUUAUCACGAAGGAAACCAGCACAGACAUGGUUGUCCGCGAAGGUUCAAACGUAACAUUGACAUGUAAAGCUUCAGGAUAUCCGGAACCUUACAUCAUGUGGCGGAGAGAGGAUGGAAAAAACAUAAACUACAAUGGAGAGAACGUGAAUGUCGUGAAUGGCGAGGUGUUGCACAUCGUGAAGAUAAGUCGAUUGCACAUGGGAGCAUACUUGUGCAUCGCUUCGAACGACGUUCCACCGCGAGUUAGCCAACGCAUAUCUCUUCGCGUGCAAUUUCCUCCUAUGCUUUCGAUACCAAAUCAAUUAGAAGCGGCAUAUAUUGGACAAGAUGUCACGUUGGAAUGUCACACAGAAGCUUAUCCUACCUCGAUUAAUUAUUGGACGACCGAACGUGGCGAUAUGAUUGUCUCCGGCAAUUACCAUUCUAUUGCAGGCGAUAAAUAUGAGGCGGUGUCCACCGACAACGGGUACAACAAGUACAUGAUGCUGAAGAUUAGAAAUGUCGGCCCGAGGGACUUUGGCUCGUACAAAUGCGUGGCACAAAAUUCUCUCGGUGGAACUGACGGGGACAUUAAAUUAGAUGAGAUUCCAGCACCAUCUACGACGUCCACGACACCGCCACCCUAUCACGUGACUGCAUCGAUGAAGAAGAACGGUAGAAACGGUAACAAGAAAUUACGACAACGACCUAUCGACUACGAGGUCGAGGAAUGGCGAAAUCCAGAUUAUGACAGAAAUUACAAUCCGCCAUCAAUGAGGCCGCCAGGCGAGCUUCCGGUCGACGCUUUAAGUCCGGGUGUCUCCCAUCGGGCUCAGCUCGUCCUUCAUCUUUUGGUGAGUCUGCUGUCACUGCUUCUUCCAGCCAUCAGAAGGUGAUUCUCACGUCGCGGGAACGGGGCUUCCAGUUCUAGUGUUUAUUGGACGGUGACCAGACCGGAGGCGGCUGCUACCAGUUUCCGGUACGCCGGCUCCGGCUGGAUGAUGGACGAGUGCGACGAAACAAGGCGCGCUUGAAAUUAUUUUCAUACUAAACGUAGACGUAUACAGAGAGCAAAGAAGAUAUAUAUAUAUAUAAUAUAUAUAAAUAUAAAUAAAUAUAUAUAUAUAUAAAUAUAAAUAUAUAAAUACAAAAAAAAUAUAAUAUGUUGUGUAAGUAUACUUACAGUGAGUAUGAAGGAAAUUCUUAGGCUUUUAUGAAUGACGAUGAUUUUGUGGCGCGCGACAUCUUUGCAUAUUCGAGAAAAGACUUCAUCCUCUCUCUCGUGACGCCUCGUGAAUCGAGGUUUAGAAGAAAAUAAGAGGGAGGGGGAAAAAAAAACUUUUCGUAUCGACUAGACGAAUUUUUCUGAUUACGAACGAGAGGGUUUCAUCAGCCAAUGUUUUUCAGCCGGUAUCAACCGCGACACGUCGAUAUUCCGAGGAAAAAUGUUCAAGGGUUGUGUCGUCUCAUAUUAACGCGUUGCCGCUUUAAAUGUUCCGCCAAAAAUCGAGUUUUAUAAUCAAACGUGUGUCGCGCGAAUUUUUCUCGAGGCGACUGAGAAUCAUUGGCGCUGAAAAAAAAAAAAAAGUAGUUUCGUUAGUUUCGUAAGAAUGCGCAAAUUGUCCGAAUCGAAACGAGAAUCGAGAGCGUUUCGUCUAACUUACUGUGUAAAUAUCAUUGAUUUUGAUAAAUCUUUGAGAUUUUGUCAGCGUUCUAGGUAUCUCCUUUCCUAAUGUGAAUUACUCGAGGUCUCAUUUCAUUGUCGCUGUAUCGUUCGCGUUGCUUAACGAACAAAAAAAAAAAAAAAGAAAAGAAAGAAAAAUCACCUUUUUUAAUUUUAUAACACGCUCCCUUCGCGAGAACGUUGAUUCGUUUAAUUACCAUAAAGGAACAAUUAAAUUGUCCUGGUAAUAAAUCCCAAAAACCGACGAGAUGACAGAGUACGUAAAUUCAUUGGGCGAGAUAAGAAGAUAAAAAAGUAUUAUUUUCAGACGAUUUUACGUACUCUUCAUCUGAAAAACCGAUCUCAUUGCUCGUUAAACGAACAACCAAGACACUCUUG